GCCUCCGGAUAAUCGCGGCCACUGCCUUAAUGGUCAAAGACGCUGAUAAACUGACCAUGGGCCAAGAAUUGCAGGUCACUACCCCACAUGCCAUUGAAGGCGUACUCAGACAACCACCUGAUCGGUGGCUUAGCAAUGCCCGGCUCACCCACUACCAGGGACUGCUACUAAACCCCAUCAGAAUAACUUUCAUGCCCCCAACGGCCCUAAACCCCGCGUCCCUACUGCCAAAUCCGGACUUGGAGAGCCCACUCCACAACUGUUCCGAGAUAUUGGCCCAGGUACACGGAGUCAGAGAAGACCUACAGGACCGGCCACUGCCAGACGCUGACCUCGUCUGGUUCACCAAUGGAAGCAGUUUCGUCCACCAAGGACAAAGGUACGCGGGGGCGGCGGUAACCUCAGAAACCAAAGUCAUUUGGGCGGAACCCUUGCCCCCGGGGACGUCGGCCCAAAAGGCCGAACUGGUGGCAUUGACUCAGGCCCUAAAAUUGGGGAAAGACCAAAAACUAACGGUAUAUACUGACAGCCGAUAUGCCUUUGCCACCACUCACAUACAUGGAGCAAUAUAUAGGGAAAGAGGGCUCCUCACGGCAGAAGGAAAAGACAUUAAGAACAAAGAAGAAAUCCUGGCCCUACUAGCUGCCCUCUGGGAACCCAGAAAAUUGGCGAUUGUCCACUGUCCGGGACACCAAAAGACAACUGACAUGGUCUCCCGGGGAAAUAACCUGGCUGAUCAGACUGCUAAAAAUGUGGCUCAAACCCCUUCACGACUCCUAGCCCUUCAGCUGCCUGACCCGGGGCCCGCAGAGCUAUCCUCUAACCCAGAGUACUCAGAGGGCGACCUCCAGUGGAUAAACGAGCUCCCUAUGGCUCAGAUCCACGACAAGUGGUGGAAAGACUGUGAAGACAACAUUAUACACCCAGACAAAUUAGGACAACGGAUACUAGAACGAAUCCAUCAUAGUACCCAUUUAGGCUCAAGGCGAAUGUUGGACUUAAUAAGACACUCAAAACUAAAAAUCAGAGAUGCUUCUAAAAAAGUUGAACAAGUGACUAAAAAUUGUGUGGUAUGCCAACUCAAUAAUGCAGGAAACCAACCCCAGACCACUGAAAAAAGACAAAGAGGAAAUAGACCUGGGGCUUAUUGGGAAAUUGACUUCACUGAAAUAAAACCAGGAAAAUAUGGAUACAAAUACCUACUAGUUUUUGUAGAUACUUUUUCAGGAUGGACAGAAGCCUUCCCAACCAAAAAGGAAACUGCCCAGGUCGUAGCCAAGAAAAUCCUAGAAGAAAUCCUGCCCAGGUAUGGCUUCCCAGCUAUGAUAGGGUCGGACAACAGGCCGGCCUUCAUCGCCAAGCCUUACAGAAAAUUCAUGAAGAGAUCUGGCCUAGACUAAGAGAACUAUACAAAACAAGACCUCCACCCAUUCCACAUCAGAUCCGGCCAGGAGACUGGGUUCUCGUCAAGCAUCACCGACAAGAAACCUUAGAACCAAGGUGGAAAGGGCCAUUCCAGGUGAUCCUAACUACACCAACAGCACUCAAAGUAGAAGGAAUCGCUGCCUGGAUCCACGACACCCACGCCAAGCUAGUGGACCCGCUCUCGGGUUUCGUUGGGCCCUCCGCAGAGAAAACCGCAGCCUGGACAAUUGACCGGACUAAAGACAAUCCUUUAAAACUCACCCUGCGCCGUCAACAACCGUAAUUAUGGUAUCCAUCUCCUUUGUGACGCUCUUGCUCUUGCAGGCCUUCAGCUGGAAAAUCCAAGCACAGCAGGCUUCAUCCCCGUUUGCCUGGCGUUUUUUCCUGACAGAAAAUUGGACCAACUAUGCUUAGACACAGGUACAAGGCCAUCUUCUGGCCACAGCUGAUUGCCCCCCUCAAGGUUGUAGCUCUCCUAUCUAUGUUAAUUUUACUGAUUUCCAGGCACAACCGGGAAAAGUCGCCCCAGCUAUUUGCUUUCUCUUUGACCAACAAGUCCCCUAUUGUAAAAACACAUGGGUUGAACAAAGCGUCGGUUGCCCCUAUAGCUCAUGUAAAAUCCACACUGUCAAGACUCUCACGGCCUCAGAGACCCUCUCGAGCCAAGUGUGGAAUUCCCAUAAUUUUUUUAAAACUGCCACAGGCUACACAUGGGUUAUCUGGGAUCCCUGGGACUCCCGUUGGACCUCCCAACAGAAGGGAGCCAUGUACAUGACAUCUGGGACAAGGUGGCCUAGCAGCCGCCUCUAUCUAUGGCUCUCACUUGUUCAGAUCCAAACCACCCUCCACGCUAACAUUCAGAAACAGGAAAUAGAACUAAACAAACAACUCUCCACUUUAGCCUCCUCCCGCCCUUUCUCCUGGUUAUCUCUGCUGAGAGAGGGGUUACUUCUCGCGAAUGCCACCGGUCUGGGAAACCUCUCUGCAUGUUUUUUUUUGUGCUACCCUAGGACAACCACCCCUGACGGCCGUCCCGCUCCCAGCCCCCUUCAAUAAUUCCCUAAUAACAAACUCCAGCCAAGGAUCCUCCUCCAUCUCAGAUGUCCCUUUGUUCUUAAACCCCGAACAGACACAGGUUUUAUUUUGCUAUUCAAACGCUAGCACCUCCCUUUGCAACACAACCUCUCCUCCCAACUCCACUCUAUACGCCCCUCAUGGCUCAUUCUUCUGGUGUAAUGGAACUCUAUAUAAAAAUCUUACUGUUCAGGCCACUAAGGGCCUCCUAUGUCUCCCUGUUACAAUAGUUCCCCAACUAACCCUGCGAACCCCUGCUGAAUAUCGGGGAGGAGACUACGUGCCUUCCUCCAGGGCAAAAAGGGCCGUAUUUCUUCCCUUAGUAGCCGGUGUCUCACUCACCACAUCCGUAAUAGUGGCAGGGUUAGCAGGAGGAGCCCUAGGUCACGACCGCUAAGCUCUCCCAACAAUUCUCUAUAGCAAUGGAAGCUUCAGCCAAAUCCCUAGCCUCAUUACAAAGGCAACUGACCUCCCUCGCCCAAGUUACUUUGCAAAAUUGACGCGCCCUAGACCUGCUUACUGCCGAAAAAGAGGGAACUUGCCUUUUUCUCAAGGAAGACUGUUGUUUUUACAUAAAUGAAUCUGGGUUAGUAGAAACGCAGGUCCAAUAGCUACACAAACUCAGCCUAGAACUACAAAAACAAAAAUUCAAUUCCACAGCUGAUAGUUGGUGGAGCUCCUCCAUGUACUCCCUCUUAAUGCCCCAGCAGGACCAUUGCUAAGCCUACUCCUCCUCCUCACCAUAGGGCCAUGCAUACUAAACAGAAUAAUAAACUUUGGGCCGGGCGCGGUGGCUCAAGCCUGUAAUCCCAGCACUUUGGGAGGCCGAGACGGGUGGAUCACGAGGUCAGGAGAUCGAGACCAUCCUGGUCUACACGGUGAAACCCCGUCUCUACUAA